AUGGCUCUUACCUCGUCGUUGCUGGCGUCGGCGACUCCAAGUGUCAUCGCACCAGCAGACAUUACCAUCGGUCAUGUGCAACUUCGAGAUUUAAUCAUAUGUCCACGCGAGGCUGGGAUCGUCAAUUACGUUCAUAACAAGUCGAUUAUUGAGCAUGACCUUCAUGCUCCAGACUUGGCACCAAGACCUGUAGCCGAUCUCGCAUUCAUCCCAAACACACUUUCUUCUUUAACCCUUCCUGAUUCCCCGCACACACUCCUCGCAGCAGGUGGUCAGGACACCGAGAUUCAUCUCUCACUUCACAGUCCAUCGCGUACCCGUGCGCUCUGGCAAUUCUCCCGCAAGCUCAGUGGAAGCAUCAACAAUUCCGUCCUCCUUUCACGCGCAUUCGACAGUUCUAAUGAACUACGACUUGUUGUGAGUAAUAAUGACUGGACAGUUCGCCUCUACGACGUGCCCCUCCGAGCCCGUGGGGCACAGGACCUCAGAUGCUGUGGGGCCCUCAGGCUCAAGGAGCCUGUGAAUCAUUCCUCCAUAUCGCCCGACGGCCGUACCUUACUCUCAGUCGGAGACUCUCCUCGGAUCUACCUUCACUCUCUUUCAGGCAGCGCUCGGCUUUCCUUCAAUCGCGUCACAACAUUGCAGAUCCCGUCCGCCAUCUCCAUCCAUCCCAACUCUCUCGUAGCGUCCUUUAGCACCGCAUGGAGCGCCGACGGACUUAAGUUCGCUGUUGCUUGUCAAGAAGGAGUUGUCGCAAUCUGGGACGUGCGAAGCACAAAGCCGCUAAAGGUGCUGCAUACGGGUCGUGAGAGGGGCGGUGGUGAUAACGGGUGGAUGAGUGAUGACCCAUGGGACUGGGCACGCAGAACCUCACGUGCCCCAGGAUGGGGUGCGCGGAGCGUCAAGUUCGGAUGUGGCGGAGUUGGCGCGCGGGCAGGCCAUGAGGUAAUGACGUAUACUGAGCACACCAAUCUCCUGCACGUCCUUGAUGCUCGAACAUUCGAAACUGAAGAAAUCAUCCGCGUGCCCAACAUCUCUUGCAGCAAAACUCCUCCUGCUCAUACACGCACCCUUCCACUACUUAGGCAUUCAGGAGGGCGACUGAGUGCACGUGCCGCACGCCGCGACGACAGCGUUGUCGUCAUACCUCCGCACGGUGUACUGCCCCGGACGACGUCAUGGACGAGCGCACCGCCCUCGAGGAUGUCAGAUCGAACAGGUGGCAGUGAUGAGGGCGAUACGAUGGACCUCGAUGAGCUCGAGGUGGACUGCUUGUCACGUGGGGGCUCGCCACCUCCAAUGAACUUGCACCGCACCCCAAGCCCAUAUCGGCCCAUCAGCCCAUCGCCUCUCUCUUCCCAAACAUACCGUCCCGCAAGUCCGCCGUAUCGCCCCUCAAGCCCUCCGUACGGCCUCACAACCACAACACCCGUAUUUCACCCCUACCUGCCAGUGCGUCCGCGGCGAACACAUGGGGAGGAAGGAGAAGUCGAUCGUGCAGGAACGGUGGCAGAACAUGAAGAUGCGGAUAUUGCGGGGACGUGCUUCGAUCCAACAGGAGGUUUCCUGUACGUGGCGACGACGGCUGGUGUUGCUGAGUGGGCCGUACGUGGUUCGGAAAAACGUUGGUGGGGAAGUGGACAGUGGGCUUAG